AAUGCGAGCUACGCUGUGCCUUCUGGCCGCCCUGCUGGGUGCCGUCAGCGCCCAGUGGGACCCCAACGUGGUGGACGGCCGCAGCGCCAUGGUCCACCUGUUCGAGUGGAAGUGGUCGGACAUCGCUGCCGAGUGCGAGCGCUUCCUGGCACCCAAGGGCUACGGCGGAGUACAGGUGUCCCCACCGAACGAAUACCUGGCCAUCACCACCAGCAACAGACCGUGGUGGGAGCGCUACCAGCCGGUCUCCUACAGGAUCAUCAGUCGCUCUGGAGACGAAGCCGCCUUCACCGACAUGGUGAACCGCUGCAACAACGUAGGAGUACGCAUCUACGUGGACGCUGUGAUCAACCACAUGAGCGCCACGCAGGGCGGUCUGAGCGGCGUCGGGGGCAGCAACCCCACGGCCUACAACUACCCAGACGUUCCGUACGGACAGAACGACUUCCACUAUCCACCUUGCAGCAUUACCAACUACAACGACGCCACCAACGUUCGCAAUUGUGAACUGUCUGGACUUCAGGAUCUGAAUGAUGGGUCAGAAUACGUACGUGGGAAGAUUGCGGACUACAUGAACAGCCUGAUAAAUAUUGGCGUCGCUGGUUUUAGGAUUGAUGCAGCGAAGCACAUGUGGCCGGACAACCUCGCAUUGAUCUAUGGCGCUUUGAACGAUCUCAACAGCAACUACUUUGGUAGCGGCAAGAGGCCACUCAUCUUCCAGGAAGUUAUUGACCCAGGAACCGAAGCUGUGAAGAAAACUGAAUAUAUCGGCAUGGGAAGAGUGUGUGAAUUUACGUAUGGAUCGUCGCUCUCAAACUGCUUUAGGAGGAACAACCAAAUGAAGUGGCUUGUCAACUUUGGUGAGGAAUGGGGCAUGGUCAACGGGAACAACGCACUGGUUUUCAUUGACAACCACGACAACCAGAGGGGCCACGGAGGCGGUGGUAACGUCCUUACUUUCCAGGAGCCGAAGCUUUACAAGAUGGCCGUCGCAUUUAUGCUGGCAUGGCCUUUCGGCUACCCGCGAGUGAUGUCCAGCUACGAAUUCAGCAGCUCCGACGACGGACCUCCACAGGACAGCAGCAACAACAUCAUCUCUCCCACCAUCAACUCUGAUGACUCCUGCGCGAGACCGUGGGUGUGCGAACACCGCUGGAGGCAGAUCUACAACAUGGUCGGCUUCAGGAACGUUGCUGGAACCACCGCCAUGGCCAACUGGUGGGACAAUGGCAACUACCAGAUCGCCUUCUCGAGAGGAAACGUUGGUUUCAUCGCGAUCAACAACGAAGCUAGCGCCGAUCUGAAGCAGACCUUACAGACUGGUCUACCAGGUGGCACGUACUGUGACGUUAUUUCUGGUAACGUGAACGGCAACAGCUGCACCGGCUCCACCAUCACUGUCAACAGCGACGGCACGGCCUACAUCGAGAUCCUCACGUCUGCCGAUGACGGCAUGGUCGCUAUUCACACCGGGGCGAAGAUCGGUUGAGCACAGUUGUAUACUGGGGACUUCAAAAAUCAGCACCACCAAUGACAUCACUCUAUCUUCUGGAUUCAUUCCAUCUCUUUUUGAUAAAUGUUGUGAAUCUUCGUUGUGAAAAA